GUCGAGUCGAGUCGAGUCGAGUCGAGUCGAGUCAGUCCAUGAGCUACUAGUACCUGGCUAGCAGGGUGCAGAAAACGGAUCUUUGGGCUGGUGGGUUGUCGCGCGCACAAAGUAGUAUCCAUCUGCGAUCAGUGUAAACCGUGGGAUCUCGUGCCAUGCAGAGCUUCCAGAAGUGCGACGGGAUAGGGGAUGAACCACUAAUAGACAAACGGAGAAACCCAUGAUAGUUUGGCAGCCGACUAAGAAUCUGCUCGUACAUCGCACAGAUACCAGUGGUUCCGGUAGAGUGGUUCCGGUUUGACUCAGUCGCCUGGACAACACGCUAUCAUUCCGUCGAUGAUGGUUGACAGACGUGGCGGCGUCUCUCACCGGUACUUUCAGCCCCAGGCAAAACCAUCAAUUGCUUUGCGAGUGUAACUCUACUCAGAGGUGCGAUGUUGCGGAAGGUAGUGAUGAUGAUUCCUUCUUCGUUGUUGAAGCUGGAUGUUAUGCUGCCUCUUUCAUCCCAGCGAGGUAGCGAGGGUCUCUGUAUCUGAAGAACAAUUACAUAUCUACCGGAACAUUCAGCCCCACCAGUGUCUGUACUUACGUUGAAUGGAUCAAUCUCAGGCAGGGCACAUACGCAUCUAUCUUGAACCCUGGCUGCUGCGGGGGCCCUCUGAUAACUGUCCUUUGAUCCAAGUUCUCUGGUGACCUCCGGCAUUUAAUUUCAAUCUCUUUGUCAACAUCAGUACUAGUACUCGUAACUUCAGAUCUUGGCCCGUAGGGCUCAGAGAUCUGCCUUGAAGAAGGAGCUAAGGCACUGCCACUAAAGAUCCAAGCAAUCAUACCGCAAGCGACCCAGCUUGGGCCCACCAGUACAUGUACCAGUGGGCGAAUACCGGUACAUUCUAUAAAGCCGACCAUCAGUGUCCCCGCGCCGAGUUUUAGACUGCAUGGUGCCAAGCUUAUACUCGUCUUGCCAUCCAUGGUACCGGACUCCUUGUAGGGCUCGUAGGACGCCAGCCACGAGAAACUGCUUGGAUCAAUAGCAGGAGUGACACCUGACAGACUGCGGCAACAGAGUUCUAGUAGGGGACAACAAAUCCAAUGGGGCAUCAUUGAUACAUGCACCUGUCUGUAUCUGUAUAGAACUAAUAAUAGGACCACCAUUCCUUUAGCUCUUCUACAAAAGUCGUGAUAUGCCUUGCGCUGCCAUGACGCCAUAGAAGACGGCAGGAAUGACGGGAAAGAAAUCAAACGGCACCGGGGUUCCUCCCAGGGAUUCAAUGUCUCCUAUUCUGGUAACAAAGGAACCAAAAAAGAGCACCCCAAUAGCGCCAUUGAACAAAAUUCCUGGUAAUUGUGACUCAGCCGUGGGUUUGAAGGGAGAAGAUUGUCGCUCCACAACGGCAGCAGCCAAAUCGGGGUUGGUUUCGUCGGCUUUGAAGUCCAUGGCGAUGCCAUUCAUGCAGUAGCGUUGUCCAGUGGGCUGUGGUCCGUCGUCAAAGACAUGACCAAGGUGACCACCACACGAACCGCAACAUACUUCAGUGCGUGGCAUUAUCAACUUGUAAUCAACCGACAAAUCGACAGCACUUUUAUCAACAGGCUGGUAGAAGGAGGGCCAGCCAGAGCCAGAUUCAAACUUGGCGGCAGUAGUGAAGAGGGGUGCUCCACAUCCUUUACACACAAAAGUGCCAGGUUCUUUUACAUCGUUGAGUUCUGAGCUUCUUGGUGCCUCGGUUCCGGCUUCUCGCAGUACGUAGUAGGCUUGGGGAGAAAGCUCUUGCCGCCACUCUUCUUCGGUCUUUUCCACCUUUUCAAUUGUCGCAAAGAGUUUGGUAGGACCGAUACCGGUCUGCAUGGCGUGGUGCUUUCUUUGGCUUGGCUGAAAAGCCGUGCAGCCUGACAGCGAAAGAGAGAGUAGACACAGGAGUUGCAGACAAGUCCUCAUGGUUAAAUCAAUCGUUAUAUUACUAUGGGCAAGGCAAGGAAGCAAGAAGCAAACUUCCACUUUCGCUUGGAUGCAGUACUAGCUAGUAAAACUGUUUGACGAAAAUGGUCUGACUCAGUGAAUAUUAACGUUAACCCUAGUGCACUUUGUACAGUUAACAUAACGACAGUUUGAUUUCUUCGCGCCAAAGAAAGGCCGUCGAACGCGUCGUGCUUCCCAUCACCCCGCCAUUUCUUCAGCUCUCAUCAGAAUCGAAUGUAAUAGUACUCUGGAUAGUAGUACUAGUAAUCCAGCCAUCACUUCGGCCCAUUUAUGAAUUGAACAGGGACAAUGUCUUCUUCUCUGCGUAGCUUUCCGUCGUUGGCCCCUCCAACACCAAAGAAAUCGCCGUCGCCACGGCUCAUUCCGCGGCGCAGUCCUCGUCGUCUGGGUCCAGCUUUGAUCGGUGGAAUGGGUCAAGAGAACAAUGGGAACCAUAAUGACAGCAUUGGUGUGGAAUCCAAUGCUGUGAAGAAGCCUAAACCAGCUCUCUCUCAGACUGAACAACAAUCACUAAUGGAUUCAAAUGCCAAACUAAAGAGGACAGUUCCACCCAUGUUGAGACGGAGGGGACGGAAACGGCAGCAGGAAAGCAGUGCUGUCAAGAGCAAUGAACCAACGAGCUCUCCUAAACAACAAACAUUGGUACCUGUUUCAGCAGCCAGUACUCAAUCCCCACGUUCCGCCUCCCGUUCCUCCAACGAGAGUGUAGAAGAACAUGACCCGUUUAUCUUUGUGGACGACGACGAGUUUGUUCCAAUGACGCCCAAGACGCUAGAUAGCGCUCUUCAGCUGGACGGACAAGUGACAAUGACGCCCCCGUCACAGAGCCCUCCUCUCUUUGUGUCGGCCAAGAAACUGGGAAACCAAGUCAAAAAACAAAAGACAUACACUGCCAAGCGACGAAGACCUUCUGAUGAGGCGUCUGCUGCCAUGGAAAAUGAAGAUGACAGCAUGAAACUUCCUGAAGGCCUGUCUCCAGCACAGAAAGCCAGAGAGUACUGGAAAAAGUGCUACGGGGAAAAGCCACCGCAGAUUCAUCCGCAAACAAGCUGGUCUGCGAGAAGAGUGGCACCCACCAAAGGAUGUCUUUCGCAUUCCAAGCCAAAGGCAAACACAACAACGGCACAUUUUGCAGUUGCUCCAACUUUUGGAGCCGUUCAGUCGCCGCCUCUCUUGCGACACAACAAUGGAAGCCAAGGCUUUUCAACGCCGCGAACAUCUCCCGACAACAGCAACAACUCACAUUUGAAAUGUCCACAUUCCAAGUCUGUACAAUUUGGCGUGGCAGAGGCUGCCGAAUACGAACGAGAUGCACCGGCGGGCAAGUUUACACCUCUGCCCGCGGAGGUGGCGCAACAACGAUUCCCUUUGACACCCAAGCCAAAAGAUGACGAUCAAGGGGAGGAAGAAAUUGCAGAGACAAAAGAAAAUUCGGCCAUGCUAGCUGUGUGGGAGCAAGACUUUGACAGCCUGGCGGAAGACAAUUACAAUGAUAAGCCAAAAAAACUACAGGGUUCCAAGCGCCGGCGCUCAAACACGAAACAUCGACGGCGAAGCAGCUCUGACAGAAGGAAGAGUUCUUCUUUCUGCUCUCCAGGUAACGGAGGCGCAUUGUACGACCCAACAAACGACGAGGAAGGCACACCUGGCAAUCCAAGCUUGCUUGUGAUGGAUAACUUGUCAAGCGAAGCGGUGCAGUCUCCUUCUACUGGUGUAACCGUUGGCAGCCCAGAGCAACCAAAACAGUGCGAUGAAAGCGCCGUCGAAGAGAGAUCCGGCUCUCUUUCUCCAGUUCAAGCAAGACGGCUUUCCUCAGAACCCUUGUCUGCCUCGAAAGAGGAUGCUCCUGCUUCCGAAACAAAUCACAUUGUAUCUCAGGAAGAAGACGAUUUCGAUCAGGCCGAGCAAGGUACCAAGCUUCGAUCCCGACUGGACACAACCAAUGUUUGGCUUGAAGCUUUAACAAACUCCUCUCUGCUUAGUCGUCGCGACACAAAUUGGGACCUCAAAACUGUGGCGGCAAACUUGGCGUUGGGUUCUGGCAACCGCAGCAUCAACGGGGUCUUCAAUAACAAUAAUAUCGGUCCCGCAAGGACGAUUUCCAGUGCUUGGCAUUCCUGUUUGAAUGGAUGCGUACAAAAUAGUCUGUAUGCGGCGACAACAAAGACCCUCCCUACAGCAACUACCACGUGCAUCAAUGAUGACUACAGUUCCAUCGACCCAGAAUUUUUGGAGACAUGGCAACGGCUGGCAUUGAACGAAUGGCAGAAGGUCGAAUUGGAAAUUUGCAAAAACCUCCGCCGAAGUUUCGCCCCAGUCAAGCAACAAAUCUCCCAGAAAUCAAUUGUGUUGGGCUCUGUGGUUCUCCCUGUCAAGGCAUCGCUGGGGCCAACGAGAAAGCAUCUGUCAGAGACAGAGAAGGAAAUUCAACGGCUGGAGGAGAUGAUCAAGAUGGAAGAGCGGAAGAAGGUUCAAAUGCACCAGCGCUUCAAGAUGGCUGAACAGCAACUACAGCGACUGCAGGGUGCUUCUUCUCUUCUGUCCUACUCUGCCGUUCGUCAGCUAUCAUCUAUAGACGUAUCGAUCGCAGAGCAGUGUCAAGCCAUCUUUCAUCAUGUCGCUCAGGGCUUGGAGACCCGACUCGAAUUGGACGGAUCCAUGGACGUUGCUGUAUCCCGGGCAGUUCAGCUGGAUGAGAAGCAGGAUGGCGACAUCAUUGACAAGUUUUAUAAUGCCCUGCUCUCCCCGGCAAGGCUUCAGGAAGGUCUCAUUUUGCGAUUGUCGGGAGAGAAUGGAGUCGAUGACACGACAGAAGCGCUCGAGAUGCCGGUGCUCGCGGGAAGAAUCGAUCUUGCAGCGCUGAGCCUUCAAGAGAUAGCCAAUGAAUACGACGUGUCAUUGACAAUGGAAGAAGUAGAAUCAAAGCCCACGCUUUUUGUGCGAGUUCAGCUUGGUGACAAGUCAGUUUUGAAAGCCUCUUACGGACGACAUGGAAGCUCUGGGAGUGCAUGGUGGGUUCCAGAUACUGUCUUUUGUGAACAGGACUUAGGGGAACGCAUUGAUCUGAGCUCUGUUCUGAACCAAUGGGUGAGACAAGGAAGCUUGGAGGCCACUGCAGGGUUUCUACGAGCUGCAUGCGAGGAGGUGCUGCAAAGACUUGCUGCAAUUGAAUAGAUAGACGGGCAAAUGACUGGUGCUUUACGAGUAUGCAUAGAAUUGUUCUAAGAGAGUACUAGUAUAUCAACGAGAUUGAAACAGGUCGAUGGAAGACAAACGCCCUUCGUACAAGCAGUUUGGCUACAUUAUUGUACCUGUAGCUCGCAGCAGCAAUAGUGUUAC